UAAAAUAUGAAGAUCCAAAUUACAGAAAGAUCCAUUCCACUCUUUCCUGCACAAAUUAUUAUUAUUGUUGCCAAGAAUGUUUUCUUUGUAGAAGCUAAACAAACAAAUGCAAUUCAUGAAUGCAACACUUUAUGGUAUUCCAGUGUUUAUAUUAUAAUGCACUACAUCUACAUUAACAUCUAUUAGGGGUUUUUACAAAGUGAACACUCAACGACAAAUGAGAUUCUAUAUGCACUGUUUCACCUGUAAGUUUGCAAGCUAUUUAAAUUGGCUUGUUAUAUAUGUGGCAUAUUGGCAUUUAAUUUACUGUAUGUAAUAAAAUUUAAGACUGAGGGAACCAAAUAAUUUCUGGGCUGGUGUGUGUGAGAGAGAGAGAGAAUGUUAUACAAAACACUGCAAGAACCUUGUCCCUAUUAGCACAAUGAUAGGAUAAAGUCAAUAAAUCCCCUAGUGCCAAUGCAAAGUGCAGAUGGAUACGGAACACAGGUCUGUCAUUCCAUAACCUUCUGCAUUAGUGAUUCCGAUGAAAUAUUUAGUUAUCAAAGAUGUGGUAAACAUCACUACAAAUGCAUCAAGUCACUCCAUCACAGCAGCUUAUGAUUAUUUCAAACCCCUUUCUAAGGUCCCUAUAUUCUGCCUCUCUAUUGACAUCUCACAGUCCAGCAGCUACAGCUUUCCCUGCUGAAUAGGGAGCUUGCAUGGCUCUGGACGCCUGUUUCUUACUAAAGUCAGGUUGUCCAGUCUGCAUCUACUGUUGGACUACAACUACCAGAAUUCCACUGACAGCUGGUGGUUCAGCAACUACAGCAUCCACUACUGAAUGUGGGGAUGCCUUUGUCACAAUAACCACAAGUCAUAAAUCUAACUUAGAUGAUGUUCAUUCUGCUGCCCUCUAAUUUGCUACCAACAUUCUAUGGAUAGCUGGAGGUCCAGCAUCUCGCACUCACUUCUGAAUGGGGGGCUUAGCACUUUUAUCACACAAAUGAUGUCAGUGCUAACUUGGAGAAUGCCCCAUGUGCACCCAAAACAGCUCAUUUCUCUACAGAUGAAGGUCCAGCAGCUUCCACAUACCCUUAUGAGUGGGUGUCUUGGUUUAGGAGGGUUCUAUUAAGCUGUAAGGCUAAUAAAGGUUGGAGGGGUGAUUAGAGAUGCCACAUCUGCUUUUGCACCGGUAACAACAACUCGAUUAAGGUCUAAAAUCUGCGAUAUUCCCUCUGCAGCGCCCUAGCAUUUAGGUAAAACGUUUUUUAUUUGCACUUCAUCAGAAGCUGGAGGGCUCCACGCUUGUAAAGCAAAAGGUUAAUAAAUCCUGCUUAAUGUUGGAUAAGGAAUGUUGAAUAUACAAACAAUUGGCAGCCCUCCCCCACUCUGCACACAAUAAACUACCCUUCACUGUGCCAUCCCAGCGGCUGGGAGCCAGGUGAUUAUCCUAAUUAAUGCCUAUCUAAUUAAAUUACUGUCAGCGGUGAACCAAUGACAAGAGUCGUUUCAUCAGCUCCAGUGGUGCAGCAGGAUCAAAAGUGAGUCUUGUCUUAUUGCUGCUUGGAGUCAACUGGCCAAUCGGAUCAUCCCUGGAUAGGGGAUCAAAGCUCUGGGAAGCUCCAGAAAAGUGUCCUAGGCUAAAGGGGGCUGUGAUUGUUUCCCCUGGAUGUCGCAGUUCAUGGCAGGGCUGAGGGGAGUGUAGGGGACUAAAGUGUCUCUUGCUAGCGAUGCAGGUGGAUCACUGUCUCUCUUCAUCUAUGAUGCUCUCCAAGAAAUUCCUAAGUGUGAGCACCAGCAGCAGUUACUCCCAUCCAGCAGCAUCUGAGCUCGCUUUGCACGAUCAUCCUAUUAUCUCCACUGCUGACAACCUGGAGAGAAGUUCACCUCUGAAAAAAACGACUGUCAGGGGGAUGACGAAUCAGUCAGAUGCAGACAGUUUCUCUGGCUCUAAGGACACACCAGGGGACGGCCAGAGGAGUAAGCUGUCUCCAGUCUUGGAUGGGGUCUCUGAGAUUCGUCACAAUUUCGAUGGAUCUGCAGCAGAUCGUUAUCUCCUCCCUCAGUCCAGUCAGUCCCAGUCUGCUGCCUCUGCUCCUACUACUACUACUAUGUUUCCUUAUCCAAGCCAGCAUGGAGCUGCUCACCCAGCCUUCUCCAUCGGAAGCCCCAGCAGGUACAUGGCUCACCACCCUGUCAUCGCCAAUGGAGCUUACAACAGUCUCCUGGGCAAUUCUUCUCCACAAGGAUACCCAGCAACUGGAUACCCCUACAGCCAGCAGUAUGCUCAUUCCUACCAGGCUGCUCCUUUCUACCAGUUCUCUGCCACCCAGCCUGGACUAGUCCCUGGCAAAGCCCAGGUCUACCUAUGUAAUAGGCCACUUUGGCUCAAGUUUCACAGGCACCAAACCGAAAUGAUCAUCACAAAGCAAGGCAGGCGCAUGUUCCCUUUCCUGAGUUUUAACAUUUCGGGGCUGGAUCCCACGGCGCAUUACAAUAUUUUUGUUGAUGUGAUUCUGGCUGAUCCCAAUCACUGGAGAUUCCAAGGGGGCAAGUGGGUACCUUGUGGCAAAGCGGACACCAACGUUCAAGGCAAUAGGGUGUAUAUGCACCCCGACUCACCAAACACAGGAGCCCACUGGAUGCGCCAGGAAAUCUCUUUUGGCAAAUUAAAACUCACCAACAACAAAGGGGCGUCCAAUAACACCGGGCAGAUGGUUGUCUUGCAGUCUCUACACAAGUACCAACCUCGACUACACGUGGUGGAGGUGAAUGAAGAUGGCACAGAAGAUACCAGUCAACCUGGAAGGGUCCAGACCUUCACCUUCCCGGAGAAUCAGUUCAUUGCUGUGACCGCCUACCAGAAUACUGAUAUCACACAAUUGAAAAUUGACCAUAACCCAUUUGCCAAAGGAUUUCGGGACAAUUAUGACACGAUCUACACAGGCUGUGACUUGGACCGGCUCACUCCAUCUCCCAAUGACUCCCCGCGCUCCCAGAUUGUGCCCGGGGCCCGUUACUCCAUGGCCAGCACUUUUCUGCAGGACCAGUUUGUUAGUAACUAUGCCAAGUCCCGUUUUCACACUCCGGUAGGGGUGCCAGGGCCAGGAACGGACCGCAGUGUCCCCCAUACUAAUGGACUGCUGUCACCCCAACAAGGGGAGGACCCUGGGGCUCCAUCCCCACAACGCUGGUUUGUAACUCCAGCCAACAACAGGCUUGACUUCACCUCCGCCUCUGCCUACGAUGCGGCCACAGACUUCGCUGGCAACGCGGCCACCUUGUUGUCCUACGCUGCGGCCGGAGUCAAGGCGCUUCCUCUGCCUGGGACUGGCUGCACAGCGCGCCCUCUUGGUUACUACAGUGAUCCUACAGGUUGGGGAGCACGGAGCCCCCCUCAGUACUGCACCAAGUCCGGCUCUGUGCUACCUUGCUGGGCUCCAGGGGGCAGGGUAACAACAACUAACCCUUACCUAACAGGGAGUGAGGAGGUAGAAAAUCUGGCUACCGCAGAUAGGUCUCCCUUGGGUGAGGAUACAAAACCCAAAGACCUAUCCGACUCCAGCUGGAUCGAAACACCUCCUUCCAUCAAGUCUAUGGACUCCUCUGACUCCGGGAUAUACGAACAGGCCAAGAGAAGGAGGCUCUCACCCUCCGACCCCGCGGUGUCGGGCAGCUCCUCCCCAUUAAAGAGUGAAGUGGUGCCCCAUAGGGACUGUGAGAAAAACUGUACCAAGGACCUGAGUUAUUAUGGUUUCUACACUCACACUUAGGCCACCACCUCCUCCAUAAUGUCAGGCAUUCUGAGGACAAUCACUGGCCAAUCUAUCAUUGGUGGGACACUGAGGCUCUGCCCUAUGGCUUUACAGGCAAGAAGCCCUUUAACAGCACUAACACCCAACCAUUACCUUCUGUCAGGGUCUAGCACGGACCUCCCCUCAACUACAUCUAAAGUAGCAACUGUUUCACCUGAUAUAUCUUUUCGGCCUGUGGAUGUUUGAGCACCUCGGACAGCAACGAGAUGUUUCAGCACCAAGGACAGCGCAAGGCCUCUAUUCAAUUCCUUUCCCUUGGAGCCUGGUUUGCGCCUGAACUGCAAUAUAUAAUGUGUUCUCCCAUGAUCAUUCUCGUUUAUGAUAGGGAUGUGCUAAUAACAAAGGACUUUACUAAUAAUGCUAUUUUUUAUUUGUCGCCUUUAAAGCCGCCAGCAGACUUUUAAUCCUACAGAGAUGAUCAAGCUGCGGUUCUGGAGCCUGUUGCUGAACUACAACUUUUAGCCGCACCCAAGGCGGGGGUGCUGGGAGUUGUACUAUAUUAACAACCGAACGGCCAUGUGAGGUCUUACCUAAGUGAGAAUUUAUUAAUAAACUAGUGGUCACUUAUUUUUUUUUCAAGUUAUAUUACAAUCUUAAAAUGUAUCCAGUAGUGCCCUGUCGAAUUCCCCUCAUGUGUUUGAAUGUGUUAGUGUCAUCAAUACAGAAUUGAUAUCCAUUCAUAUCACCUCUCAUUUAUUGUGCCAAAUGAAUGCUGUUGCCAAACUUUAUAUCCACCCUCAUUUACAUGCUCCAGGAUUUUUUAAACUUCUGUAAUAAGGAACAAUACAUUUAAUCUAUUCUUUUUGGGGGUGCAGGACUGCUGGCUGUGGUCAAGUCCGGUGAAAUUGAAUUGUAAAUUGUAUCAUUAAUGCUUUUUAGAUUAAAGGCCCAUUUUCUAAA